AUGCUUCAUUUUCGCGCAGCUGCCGUAGCUCUUGCGGCGCCACCCGUACCAGUCGGUAUGAUCGGCGGUGCCCUGCCAUAUCCAGGUAUCGGUGAUGUUAAUUCUGAACAGGAAUCCACAGGGCCGUCCAUGGAAAGUAACAACUUCCGAACCAGUUUCCACUGUUCCUGUGUGCAGAAUCUUGGUACCUUCAAUGUAUUAUUCGCAGCAGCAAAUGGAGUGGCACCUGUCCGCCGUUCAUGGAACCAUCUUCCUGCCAUUCCAGCCUCUGACUGA